AUGGCGACAGAAAUGGUUGGAGAACAGAGUGACGACGUUCACCAAACUCCCGCCCAGGUCGCUCCUACACCCAUGGACGAAUACGUUUUCCCCGAACUUCGCCUCAAGCGAAAGAUGAACGACCCGGAGAAGACGCCGCUUCUGCUGGUCGCGUGUGGUUCCUUCUCUCCGAUCACCUAUCUUCAUCUGCGCAUGUUCGAGAUGGCUGCCGACUACGUCAGAUUCAGCACCGAAUUUGAACUCCUCGGAGGCUAUCUGUCUCCGGUGUCGGACGCCUAUCGCAAGGCCGGUUUGGCCAGCGCAGACCAUCGUGUCGCAAUGUGCCAAUUGGCAGUGGACCAAACCUCCGACUGGUUGAUGGUGGAUACUUGGGAGCCUACACAGAAGAAAUAUCAGCCGACUGCGCUUGUCCUGGACCACUUCGACCACGAGAUCAACACCGUUCGUGGAGGCGUUGAGGCAGGAGAUGGAACCCGGAAGCCGGUUCGCAUUGCGCUUCUCGCGGGCGCCGAUCUGAUCCACACCAUGUCCACCCCCGGCGUCUGGAGUCAGAAGGAUCUGGACCAUAUCCUCGGCAAAUACGGCUCUUUCAUUGUGGAGCGCAGUGGUACCGAUAUUGACGAGGCUCUAGCCAGUCUGCAGCCUUGGAAGGACAACAUUCACGUCAUUCAACAACUUAUCCAAAACGACGUCAGCAGCACUAAGAUUCGACUUUUCUUGCGGCGUGAGAUGAGCGUGCGCUAUCUUAUUCCCGUGCCGGUGAUUCACUAUAUCGAGCAGCACCAUCUUUACGAAGAUGACGGCGCUUCAGCGUCUGGAUGA